GGGCUGGGCUUCCCCUUCCUUCCCCCUCUGUCUUACUCGCUCCUCUCCUUGCUUCUUCUGGAUUUUGUCGGCUGUUCAUGAAACAGCUUUACACACAAUGGACCUCGUCGUCCUUUUGCAGGAAGCGCUCGCUGACUGAUAUGGCAGACUUUGCUCGCCGGCAAAACUAAAGAACUCUUCUAUUCAUGGAGGGAACACUAGGAUGCUUUCCACGUGAACCCUGAAGUGAACCUGAUACAUUUCCUGUAGAAAGAGAAGGGAGCAAACAUGAAGGAAAAUGUGGCAUCCACAAUUGUUUUCAUUUUGCUACUUUUUCUCAACAUCAACCUUCUGAAUGGACAGUCGCCUCCAGGAAAACCUGAGAUCAUUAAAUGUCGUUCUCCCGAAAAGGAAACAUUCACCUGCUGGUGGAAGCCCGGGGCCCAGGGAGGACUUCCUACCAAUUACACGCUGACUUACCACAAGGAAGGAGAGACAGUCACCCAUGAAUGUCCGGACUACAAAACCGGUGGCCCCAACUCCUGUUACUUUAACAAGAAGCACACCUCCAUAUGGACAAUAUAUAUCAUCACAGUAAACGCUACGAACCAGAUGGGAAGCAGUUCCUCAGAUCCGCGUUAUGUGGACGUGACAUACAUAGUUGAACCAGACCCUCCUGUGAACCUGACUUUGGAAUUAAAACAGCCAGAAGACAGAAAACCCUAUCUGUGGAUGAAAUGGCUUCCACCCACUCUGGUUGAUGUAAGAUCCGGUUGGCUCACACUCCAGUAUGAAAUUCGAUUAAAACCCGAGAAAUCAGCUGAGUGGGAGAUUCAUUUCGCUGGGCAGCAGACUCAGUUUAAGAUUCUCAGCUUAUAUCCAGGACAGAAAUACCUUGUCCAGGUUCGCUGCAAGCCAGAUCAUGGAUUCUGGAGUGAGUGGAGCCCAGAGAGCUCCAUCCAGAUAGCUAAUGAUUUCACCAUGAAAGAUACCACCGUGUGGAUCUUUGUGGCCGUUCUUUCUGCUGUCUUCUGUCUGAUUAUGGUCUGGGCAGUGGCUUUGAAGGGCUAUAGCAUGGUGUCCUGCAUCCUUCCACCAGUUCCUGGGCCAAAAAUAAAAGGAUUUGAUACUCAUCUGCUAGAGAAGGGCAAGUCUGAAGAACUACUGAGUGCCCUGGGGUGCCAAGACUUCCCUCCCACCUCUGACUGUGAGGACUUGCUGGUGGAGUUUUUAGAAGUGGAUGACAGCGAGGACCAGCAGCUGAUGCCAGCCCAUUCAAAAGAACACCUGGAUCAAGGUCUGAAGCCCACACACCUGGAUCCUGACAGUGACUCUGGCCGGGGCAGCUGCGACAGCCCUUCUCUUUUGUCAGAAAAGUGUGAGGAACCCCAGGCAAAGCCCUCCACAUUCCACACCCCUGAGGGCAUUGAGAAGGCAAAGAAUCCCGAAACAAAUGUUACCCGCACCUGGGACCCCACAAGCUUGGAGGGCAAAAUCCCCUAUUUCCACGUUGAUGGAUCCAAAUCUUCAACAUGGCCUUUGCCGCAGCCCCCCAGCCAACACAACCCCAGAUCUUCUUACCACAACAUCGCUGAUGUAGGUAAGCUGGCCAUGGGCACAGCAGGUGCAUCAGCCACUUUGUUGGACAAAACAGACAAACAUGUUUUAAAAUCCUCAAAAACCAUUGAGACUGGAGGGGAGGGAAAGGCAGCCGAGCAGAGAGAGGUGGAAAGCUUUCCUUCCAAGACUGACCAAGACACAGCAUGGCUGCUGCCCCAGGAGAAAACUCCCUUUAUCUCUGCUAAACCCUUGGAUUACGUGGAGAUUCACAAGGUCAACAAAGAUGGAGCACUAUCAUUUCUCCUGAAACAGAAAGAGAACAGCGACCAGACAGAGAAACCCAGCGCUCCUGAACACAGUAAGGAGUACGCUAAGGUGUCCCGGGUGAUGGAUAACCACAUCCUCGUGUUAACGCAGGAUCCGAGAGCUCAAAACCUGGCUUUGUUUGAAGAACCAGCCAAGGAGGCUCCGCCGCCCCUUCUGCAGAAAGACCUGGCCUCCUUCACCGCGACACCAAGCAACUGCAGACUCCAGCCAGGCGGGUUGGAUUACCUGGAUCCUGCAGAUUUUAUGCACUCCUUUCAAUGACAGCUUGAUUAAUGAAAGGAUUGGUUAAAAUGUGAUUUUUCUUCAGGUAACACUACAGAAUACAUGAAAUGCAAUCUACUAGAGAAUGCUCAAGAAUGUGGUUAGAAUGACACUACUAAAACUCACAGUUCACUCCUCUUCAUGCUCCAUUUUCAACCAGCUGCCUCUUUCUCCAACAGCUAAUUCCAGAACAAAUUGUUUUGUUUCCUCACUGUGAUUUGUAGAUUUACUUUUUGCUAUUAGUUAUAAAAUGAUAUGUUCAAUGAAAUAAAAGCACACUGCUUAGUAUUCUUGACGGACAGUGCCAAUAGGUAUAUCCUCUGGAAAAGGCUUUCAUGGUUUAGCACAUGACAGAAAGAAAUGAAAUAGUCAAAAUUGUUUACCACAGGAAGAUGAUAGAUAUAAGAAAAGUGCCAUGAAAACCAAUUUCUUAACCUUUGUAUUCCUCUGCAUUUUAUUAGAAUGAACCAACUAAGACACAUUUAAAGAAAGAAUGCAUUCUAGAACACCCAAAAAAUUGUUUACAUCGGUUCCUAAUACCUUAGUGAUGCAUUGAUGAUAUGCAAGUAAAAAUGAUGCCUCCAAUUUUUCUGAAAAUAGUUUGAACUUGUUAAGCAUGGAUUUUCUCCCCUAAAUUGUAUUUCAUUCCAAAGCCUCUAGAGAAUAUAGUUUUGGAAAGUAAAAUUUUCUUACAUGAGAGGCAAAUAAGAUUCAUGUGGAGAAUCCUUCCAAAAUGUUUUCCUGAUUUAUUUCAGCACGAUAGAUAAUUUAUUAUACACCCUAGUCUUCUCUUAGUGGAAAAAAAAGAUCCCAAAAGACUAACUUUAAUUUAAAAGAUAAUCACAGCAGGAUGCUAAUGGAAAUACUGCCUUACUGUACAUACAAAUUCUACUUUAAUAUAAACCCGUAAGUUUAACAAUGUAUUUUUGAAGACUAUUUUUCUAUCACUUAGGUAAAAUAAAAGACUAUUUUCUAU